AUGCCAUGGUUCCAUCAGCAUGUGCCUGUUAAAUUGAGUGCAGGAUUUCUAUGCCUCCUUCUCGUAUGGAACUUGGCUGCAGGCAUAAAAGGAGAAAAUAAGAAGGAGAAGAGUGUGCCAGUGCUGGCUACUGCAGAGCUGCCUGCCAAAUCCGUUGAUCUGGCUGCGAUUAACCUGACUGAACUAGUGAACGGAAUGUUAAAUACAGCUCUCAAAGGUACCAAAAAAUUCUUCUCUUUGCUGAGCAUUACCUCUUACAGCUCGUUUGCCUUCCACAAAGUUUCGGUCGCCAUUUAUAACAUUUCUAACCUGAAAAAUGUUGACCCCAGCAAGUUCCCUAUGAGGUAUUGCUACUGUUUAAACAACAUGACAAAUGACUUAACAGAUUUUACAGCUUUACUUGUUGAUAUUAUUGGAAACUCCACCAGUUACCUCACAGAAAUUUUCAAAUCAACCUCCAUUGUCUCAGUGAGUCAGAGCAAUGAUUCAGACUGUAUCUAUAUCUGCGUGAUGGCAGGCCGAACAGGCAGAAAUAUGUCUGACUUUUGGGAAAUGAUAGAGAAAUCUCCUGUUAUUAAUUACACAUUUUCCAGUAAUAUGUCUGCGCUCCUGGAUAUAGACUCAAUUCUUCCCAGCUUAAUGACCUUACGAGAAGACCCUGACAAGAUCAUGGACGAGCUCCCUGAAGACAUUUGGACAUUUAAAACGACAAGGAUGCCUUCCUGGGAACAGACUGUUGCAUGGAAAGGAGAUGAAAUCCUCUCUACAAGAUUUCCCACAUGGCCAAAGACUAUUGGUUUGAAAGGAUCUGGAUUUCCAAUUCUACAGCUGCCCUUGUGGUUACAGACAGAUGCUUCAAAAGGACAUGGCACUACAAGGCCGCCUCCUACUACCAUGGAAAGCUAUGAUAUUUUACCCCAAAUGCAGCCAUCAACUGAAAUGUAUCCAUUCUGGACACAGCCAGCUUCUCCUGAAGUAACCAAAGUAUCUAUCCAAACGGAGUCGGAUCUGCCUUCAUUAUUGUUGUCUACCCCUGUAUACAAGCCUGAAGUGUUACCAAAACUGCAUACAGCUUCCAGAUGUCCACAGGCAACUCUUAAAGAGCCAUCCAUGAACUCCCCUCCUGUUACCUUUAUGGCUCAAAAGAUCAAUCCUUGCGUGAUGGAGCUGUGUAAAUUUUUCCAGCAGUGCCUUUGUGUCAAUCAAAGAAGAAAUUCAAGAAAAGAAGCCAUGAGGUACUGUAUUGAAUACUAUUCCUGGUUCUUGAAAAAUGCAACUUACGUCUGUGAAAGGGUCAAAAGAAUGGCUUACUCACAAACGUUAAAACAAAAAUGCCUUACAAACAUCUGUAAAUCUGUCUAA